UGUAUAUUUAUCAAAUAAGUAAAUGGAAACUUUAACUCUUACAAGAUAUAUAGGUUAUUAGCAAAGUAUGAACAAUAUAAGGAUAGAAGCAAUGUAUGGUUAAAAGAAAAGUUUCCAAAUAAUAAAGUCAAACAACGGGAAAAUAUAUCUAAUAAUGAAAAAGGAACUAAAAGUGAAAACAAAUAAUCAAAUGAAACUUUAUUAAACAAGGCAAACUAUUUUACAGAAAUUAUAGAUUAUAAUAAUGGAAUGAUUGACGGACAACAUUUCCUUUUUAAAAUAAUUGUAUCUAAAAAAAAGACGAUGACCUUUUAUACUGAAAAAAACAGGAGAAUUAGUAAUAUAUCUUUAAAAUAAAUUAAAUUUAGUAGUUACGGAUUUGGAGUUUUCUUAUUUUUUUAAUUUGUUCUUGUUAGAUAUAGCAAUAUCCUCUUUAGAAGAAUAAAAACAAUUGAAAAAUUGAAAAAAACGAGUUUUACAAGAAUUGCAAACACAUUUCCAGAGGUAAUAUAACCCUAUAUAAAUAUUAUAUUAUUUAGCAUAAUUAUGGUUAUAUUAUCAGUUAUACAUAUAGUAGCUAUUUGUAUGAUUUUAUAAAAUAUUGAAAAAUAUAAAAGAAAUAUGUUAAUGACUGACUAA